AUGGCUCGGUUUUUCAGUCCCAGUCUCCCGUCGUGUGUGUAUCCCAAAUGGCCAUUUUCACCUGUUGCCCCGCGUCUACUUCGCCUGCACUACUCGCCCACCCUCGACCACAACUCCUACCCAACACGAGCAUGCCAGCCGCAUUGGCAAAUGCCUUGCUGGCUGUUUACAACUUUCAUUCUCGUCUACGUCUUUUUAGCUGCCCUGUCGUGGAGUCUCGUGUUGCCCCACUUUGUCGCCAAGUGCCUGUUUCAGCCGAUUUAG